CUCACUUUCGUUCCCCGUACACCUUUUGUAUUAGAGUUCUCAGACGUAUCCCUUCCUAACUGCAAGCUUUUUUCUUUAACUCCUUGUUUUUAUUAAUACUCUUGCUGCUGCUAGCAUUGAUGCUGUUCUAGAUUCGUGGGUAGAUGGUUCUAUAGUUCUGUAGCCCUCUCUCUCCAUCUCUCUUGUUCUUUAUCGUCUUCCCCUUCCUCCCCGCGUUUCUGGCGGAUAAACCGGUGAGGUUUUUUUUCUCCCCUUUUGUUUUGCAGAAUCUCAAUCCCGAAGAAAACAAGAAGGAAAGAAAGAAAGAGAAGCAAAGCUUUAAAGGAAAAGAAAAGCUGGCUUCUUCGAGACACUGUAAUAUGCAAGCAGUUACUUGGAUUUCUCAAUUGAUGCAACUAUGUGGAUGCGGUCUCUUGUAUUUCUGUCUUGUGGGGACGGAUUAGUCUAACUGUUGGUUUGAUUAUAUUGAGUCAAGUUACAUGGAAGAUGGAGAUGAGUCUCGUCAUUGGGAUGAAUUGAUACCAGAUGCUCUUGGGCUAAUUUUCAGCCAUCUUUCUCUCCAAGAGAUACUAACCGUGGUUCCAAGGGUUUGCAAAUCAUGGAGCAGAGCAGUUUCAGGGCCAUAUUGCUGGCAAGAGAUCAACAUUGAGGAAUGGACUACCAGAUGCCAUCCUGAUCACCUUGAUCGCAUGCUUCAAAUGUUGAUUACAAGAAGCCGUGGAUCCCUCCGCAAACUCUGUGUCUCUGGCCUUCACAAUGAUACAACGUUCUUAUUCCUUGCAGACCAUGCUGCUUCCCUUCAGACAUUGCGGAUUCCAAGAAGUGAUAUUAGUGAUUUGAUAGUUGAACAGAUUGCUGGAAGGCUUUCUACUAUCACUUUCUUGGAUGUGAGCUACUGUACUAAAAUUAGCGGAUGUGCUUUAGAGGCAAUUGGAAAGCACUGCAAAUUGCUUGUGGGGCUGUGCCGGAACAUGCACCCAUUAGAUACAGAAGGCAUGGAAACCCAAGAUGAUGAGGCUUAUGCCAUUGCCACCACGAUGCCUAAGCUGAAGCGCUUAGAGAUGGUUUACCAUCUUGUUAGCACAGAGAGUUUAUUACAAAUCCUUUCAAGCUGUACCGAGCUUGAGUUUAUGGAUUUGAGAGGAUGCUGGAAUGUGAAUCUUGAUGAUAAGUUCUUCAAGGAGAGCUUUGCAAAAUUGACAGUAUUGAGACCUUUUGCAAUGGAGGACUUCUAUGUGACAAAUGACUGGGAAGAAUAUUCGGAUGAUUAUGAUGAUGAGGGACGGCUGGAGGAACUUGAGCUGAGGUUCUAUGAAGGAGAAGAUGCUGAACUGUACGGCUGGUAUCCAUCUCCAUAAGUUCAGUUGCCUCUCUUGUCAAAUUGUUCACUUUUCCUGUCUGUAGCACUGAAUGCAUCUACCUUGGACACUCUACGUGCAUGCUGUAUGGAUACAAAUGUUUCAAUAGGAAUGAAGUUGAAUGUUUUAUGCCACUCCCUUAUUUUCUGAUUUUUCAUUUGA